GGACACGGUCACUUUUAAAGCUUUAGAGUGGUUGCUUUCUGAUUGUAUUCGUCCAUUUGUUUGUAUAGAGAAGAUUUGCCGUAAAGCUAAUAGUGACUUUUCUUCAUUGCCAUUUUUACUUCUUAUUGUAACGCCGAAUAUGUAAUGUUAGUGUAGCUGCUUUGCAAAAUGUCACAAGAAGACACAUUUCUGGGAGUCCCAUGCCAUGGUAAAGACGACCUAGUCCAAAACAAAAACAGAAGCCGUCUCGGUCUCAUUGUCACUGGUGUUGUGGGCGGCUCACUCGUGGCUCUUUACGCGGUGGCUGCGCCGUUUGUUGCCCCUGCCCUGAGAAAGGUCUGCCUCCCAUUCGUUCCUGCGACCACGGUUCAAGUGACCAAUGUCCUCAGCGCCCUCCGACCUAGGACGGGAAAUCUGGUGGAUAUUGGGAGCGGAGACGGACGCAUAGUGAUAGCAGCAGCCAAGCAGGGCUUUCGAGCAUCAGGGUUUGAGUUGAACCCGUGGCUGGUGUGGUAUUCACGCUACAAAGCUUGGAAGGAAGGCGUCCAUCACACAACAUCUUUCCAUAUAUCUGACCUCUGGAAGGUCAGUUUUGCGCAGUACCCCAAUGUUGUAAUUUUUGGAGUACCCCAAAUGAUGGAGAGAUUGGAACACAAGCUGGCUGAAGAGCUACCGAGCACAGCCAAGGUGGUGGCAUGUAGAUUCCCUUUUCCCACAUGGCUCCCUGAACAAACGGUUGGGGAAGGCAUAGACACUGUGUGGGUAUAUGAUGCCAAGACAUUCAAAUGUCACAAAAAGACAAGGACAGUAUCUGAACAGAGCCAACAUGGACAAUAACCUUUAUGUAUUGUUAAAAUAAAAUGUAUUUCACCCCUCUCAAUAAAUAUUUUUCUUACUUGGGG